UGAAUGCCAAAAUGAGAUAGCCUUCUACCUGCCUUUCCGCCGCCAUCCGUAGCAUUCAUUCGUACUCAGAUUGCAAGUACUCAGCGAUAUCGCUCUUGCAAGUCAUGCGUUCCGGAAGUCGCAUGGGGGAAAAUUGCCAUCACUGAUACUGAUGUCUCUAAUCACCGCGCCGAUCAUCUCAAUGCCUGUUCCAUGCAGUGCUCUCGCAACGGCAGAAGGAGCGAGCAGAAAAUGUGUCCUUGCCGGGUUGGGGGAUUUUUCGAGGCGCCUGUCGGUAACAUCAAGGCUGCUGGCAGUCACUUCAGAAUAGCUGGUAGAGCCGCAUGCAGCAAGAACCAGAAGAGCGUGAUCGGCGCUGAGAGUGUUUCUGCAGCCGCCUCGCCUUAUCUUCGUUUCAGUGCAACCGCCAAACCCGUUGGUCAAGCCGAUGCCAGUCUCACCGUUUGUUUUACGAGAAGGCAGACUAGACCCGCCUUGCUCUCAUGGGAAUUUCUGCGUGGCUCUCACCCUAAAUGCGGUCGUUUCUCCCGCGGACUUGGCAAAUGUAUGGGUUCAGACAGAUUCGAGGCGACAUUAAAGCCGGUUACGGAGGAACAGCGUAAGCGUCGUGAGGGGGAUGCCCCCAGGCAGUCAGACGACGCGGAUUGGUCCGCGAAUGCUCUCGGAGCGGAUGCCAGUUUUGCCAAUUCGCAAGAGGGGGAGGAGGAGGACGUCUUCGCAUCCACCCAUGGUCGAGAGGAGGGGGGUGAUGUGGAUGACAGGGAGUGGGACGAGCAAGGGUUUUUAAGAGCCAGGGAGAGAGGUAGAAAAUGCGCGGAGGAUCUGAUUGCCGUGACAGAGAGUGAAGAGCUUGGCUUCGGCGGCUGGUGCAGGAACAGGCAACUGCAGCGGAUAAGACGCAAAUCAAGGCGCGGAUUAAGACGCGGAUUAAGAGACGAUCCGUUCAGUGGAGGGCUAAAAAGCGGUCUAAGCGGUAGUCGCCGUGGAGCUGGAGCUGCUGCUGAGUGGACGAUGAGGAAAGAAGGCAGACGGAGAGUGACGAGGAACUUCAGGCGCCGACUGAACAGCAGGAAGCGUGGGAUCCGGAGGUGCACUGGAGGGGUCAAGUUGAGCAGGCGGAAAUGUGAAUUGCUGCGCUGCUUGCUGCCGGUGGUGCAGCCUGCAAAGAGAACAGGCAUGGAGAAGCGGAGCAAGGAUGGUAUCAGUAGCGGCAGUUUCGGAACCAGCACCAGGACUGGUGACGUCAGCUUGAUGCAGAGUGACAGGACGGCUGUCCUUCAGCUAGCCAGUGCGCUUGAGGAUGGGGCUUUAAGGAGAGAAGCCAAGGGGAAGGAGGCAAGCAGUAAGGUCAGACGGCACCACAAGGACUGUCGUGCACACGCUCUUGGUGGCCGCAUCCACGCGCUCGUCUCCCAUCCCCCUCCUGUUCUCAUGGAACUCGCCAGAUUCACAGCUGGGACGUUCGGCCAUGCUGCCUCCGCUGGUUCGCAUGAUUCUCGUAUUUCUCGUGCCGCUGAUGCAUAUGACGCCUCGGAUGCAUCUGAUGCUCUCGCUCAUGCUCAGUCGCAGCAGCUAUCUGAUUUGCGGGAAGCGUUUCGAAGGGAAGCUCUGGCCCCACUGCCAGUUUCUGUGCCUGACGUGGACGGCUCUAAUGCUGCCAGAUGUCAGCUCACCAGCUCACCUGUCUGCUACCGAUUCAAAGACAAUGACGUCAGUCUCUUCUUCGCCCUCCUGUUCCAUACUAUAGCAGCCUUCUCCUCUCAGGCCAUCGCAUCCUCUCGCUGCCAUUCCUCUCCGUUCUAUUCAGCCCCUUCCCCUACGCUUCCCUCCUCACCUCCCUCCUCACCUCCCUCCUCUCCUCACUCCUCACCUCCCGCCAUCCACCUCUCUCGCUUUGAUCUCUUUCACUGCCACCUCUUCGCUGCCCCCUCUUCUGGUCGCCUCGGUGCCCUAUUCCACGCGAAGGAGUAUCCUGCUUUCUGCGACAAUUCCUUUCCCGUCAACCUCGGAUUCUGCCAAGCAGGUUCCCUGCUUCCCUACGAUGCCUCCAUGAGUUUCCGGAACAUUCUUUGGCUCGCACCGUUCCAUGCCAGCUGGCGUUGUCCAGUUAAUAUGGGGACAUCCAAUUUCUCUGACACAUACCUGCCUGGAUCCCUUCACAUCCUUGAGACUGCUCCAGAGUCCGUCUUGCACCAAGAGCUGGUUUGUGAAGGGCUCAAGCUUACCCACACUAUCUAUGAAAGUGAUUUUGGGCUCUCUCUUUUGGAUGUGAAUUACUUCAAAAUAGAUGAUCCGCUUUACCAAAAUGAAUAUUUGCGUGUUGACUUAGUAGAAUCAAGUGCAUUUCUUAUUCUGGCUCAACUUUUGCACAAUUUUGUAGGGAUUUCUUGCAGUCACGGAUCUCCCCACCAGAUUCUCUUCUCUUCACGCAUUUUCUCCCUACUGGUGGUUAGCAGAAAAAGAACCUCUGCGCGUCGCGUUAAAAUGGCGACAUCUAAGCUCCUUCUCCUCGGCCUCGGACUAGUUGCACUGUUCACCGUGGCUGCAGCUGACGGCGACUCCGAUGUCGUCACCUUGGACAACGACAACUUCGACGACUAUGUCGGCAAGGAGGAGGCGGCGUUUGUCAAGUUCUAUGCUCCUUGGUGCGGUCACUGCAAGAAGCUGGCUCCAGACUAUGAGAAGUUCGCCACCGCGUUCAAGAGGACCAAGUCCGUCGUGAUCGCCAAGGUGGAUUGCGACGUGCACAAGGAUGUGUGCAGCAAGUACGGUGUCGGUGGCUUCCCCACGCUCAAGUGGUUCCCAGCUGGCAAGUCCAAGCCUGAAGACUACAAGGGCGGACGAGAUCUAUCAGAUCUGAUUGAGUUCGUAAACGAGCAGCUUGGUACUCACGUGAAGAUCGCGGCACCCGUGUCCGAUGUGAUUGCCCUUGACCCUUCCAACUUCGACAAGUUUGUUCUGGACACCACCAAGCACGCUCUCGUCGAGUUCUACGCUCCCUGGUGCGGGCACUGCAAGUCCCUCGCGCCCACGUACGACAAGCUGGGGUCGGUGUUCAAGGCGGACAAGAACAUCGUCAUCGCCAAGGUGGACGCCGACUCGCACCGCUCCCUGGGCGAGAAGUACGGCGUGUCUGGCUUCCCCACGAUCAAGUGGUUUCCGGCGGGCAACAAGGACGGCGAGGACUACAGCGAAGGCAGGGACCUGGCGGACUUCGUCAAGUUCAUCAACGAGAAGACCGGCACCAGCAGGACCGUCUCCGGCGCCCUCCUCGAGACGGCGGGGCGCAUUGAUGAGCUGGACGAGAUCGCUGCGGCCUUCGCCGCAGCGGCGGAGGGGGAGAAGGCCGGCCUCAAGGCCAAAGCGGAGGCAGUCAAGGUGGCUGACGACAAGGCCAAGCAUGCUGGCAUCUACAUCAAGGCCAUGAAGAGCAUCAUUGACAAGGGGGCGGACUAUGCUGAGAAGGAGGUUGCCCGCCUCACCCGCAUCCUCGCAGGGACCCUCAAGCCAGAGAAGGCUGAUGAGUUCACUAUUCGCAAGAACAUUCUGUCGGCCUUUGUCAAGGCCGAGUAGACCUCACCUCAUGACUGAGUAUGGGAUAUUGGAACCAGGUUCGAGUCAGGUUACUAGGUUAGUGACCUGGUUAAUUCUUGUAUCUGGCUAAACCUGAGUUACACUCAUGCUGCUGCAGGUGACUCCUAAAUCAGUGAGAGACAGUAGUGGAUUUUUCAGCGACGAUAUCAGAUUCACAAGGUAUCCGACCGAGAGUACCCUGAAAGCUUAAAGCCCGCCCAGCAGGUUGCAUAUUCGUACUGUUCAGGUAGGUGGGGCGACCAAAUCUAAUUGGUUGACAAAUCAUUGUAGAGGUGAAUUAUUUUGGCAGAGUCAGCGUUAGUUUGCACAAGCUGUUAGAACGCACCUAUUCUAGCCUACAACUUCUACAUGCACAUGUAUGUCUUAAGUUGACACCAGGCCCCUAGAUUGGUUUUGAGGCCUCCUGAUGACUCGGGGGUGGCGCUCGU